AUGGGAUCGUCCGUCAGCAAAUUUUCUCAAGGAUCUCGUUUGGAAAGGCCCAUGUGCUUCGAAUGUGGAGCGUUCGGUCACUUACGGGCUCAGUGUCAAGCAAAACAAGGAAGGACAAUGCUACGAGCAUACCAAUAUGCCGAUUUUGUAGAUUCGGAAAUCAGUAAAUUGGUUCACAGCAAGGCGAUUCAAGAGGUCGAGGACCACGGCAAUUUACGAAUAAAUCCUAUCUCAGUAGCAGUCGAUUUGAAAAGAAAGUGGAAGACCAUCGUCACCCAAGUGGCUCGUGUGCAAACAGAGCAAUGCGCGUUAUCGUUUCGUUGGAAACUGUCACGGGAAGAAAGAAGUGAGUUAUCUGAUUGGUUAGACUUUGAAUCCUCUUUUAAAGGAGUUCGAUAG